GGGGCGCUGCCAGUCCGGGUUGUGCUGCAUUCGCUGCCUUAUAACAAAGUUGGCACAGGGGGGAUGAAGGGCGGGGCAGUGUGUGUCAUGCACCUGGGAAAGCCCUGCCGGUACCGGGCACUAAUGGGUCACAUGACUCGGGACAUGGGGUGCUAGCGGGGUUACCGGCCCCUGAUUUUGUUGAGUUGGCCCCCGCAGCAGCGACGUGAGCAGCCAGCGUGGCACUGAGUGUAAGGGAGAGAGGUGGCAGUGAGCGGCAGGAGGAGAUGGUAGUGAGUAUAAGCAGAAAUCUAUUCCGGUACCUGUGCACAGCACCUAGAGCCCCAAUGAAGUACAUACUGGUGACGGGAGGGGUCAUCUCUGGAGUGGGCAAAGGGAUCAUUGCAAGUAGCAUCGGUACCAUCCUGAAGUCCUGCGGCCUGCGAGUGACUGCUAUUAAGAUCGACCCCUAUAUUAAUAUUGAUGCUGGCACUUUCUCACCCUAUGAGCACGGGGAGGUAUUUGUGCUCAAUGAUGGCGGUGAAGUUGACUUGGAUUUGGGAAAUUAUGAGAGAUUUCUAGAUAUCAACCUUUACAAAGACAAUAACAUUACCACCGGGAAAAUUUACCAGCAGGUCAUAAACCGGGAACGGCGUGGGGAUUACUUGGGCAAAACUGUACAAGUGGUGCCACACAUUACAGAUGCCAUACAAGAGUGGGUGCUGAAUCAGGCAAAGGUUCCUGUUGACAGUGACCAGAAAGAGCCCCAGAUUUGUGUGAUUGAAUUAGGAGGCACAAUUGGAGACAUUGAAGGAAUGCCCUUUAUUGAGGCUUUCAGGCAGUUCCAGUUCAAGGCAAAGCGAGAGAACUUCUGCAACAUACACGUUAGUCUUGUGCCCCAGCCUAGUGCAACAGGGGAGCAGAAGACAAAGCCGACCCAGAACAGCGUCCGUGCCCUGCGAGGACUUGGGUUAUCUCCAGACUUGAUUGUCUGCAGAAGUGCCAAGCCAAUUGAGAUGGCCGUAAAACAGAAGAUUUCCAUGUUUUGCCACGUGGAGCCAGAACAGGUUAUUUUCGUCCACGAUGUAUCCUCAACUUACCGAGUCCCCAUUCUAUUACAAGAGCAAGGAAUAAUCAAGUAUUUUAAGCAAAGGCUGAGCAUUCCUAUAGACGAUCAACCAAGCACUCUUCUUUUCAAAUGGAAAAGAAUGGCUGACAGAUAUGAGAGACUGCUGAAGACGUGUUCCAUCGCUCUGGUCGGCAAGUACACGAAACUGAGUGAUUGCUAUACGUCAGUCUUCAAAGCACUCGAGCACUCUGCCCUGGCUAUUAAUCACAAGCUGAACUUGAUGUACAUAGAUUCUGCAGAUCUGGAGCCGUCCAUGAAAGCCGAAGACCCAGUGAAAUACCACAAAGCCUGGGAAGAGUUAUGCAAAGCAGAGGGAAUUUUAGUUCCCGGUGGGUUUGGACUGCGAGGAACAGAAGGUAAAAUUCAAGCAAUCACUUGGGCAAGAGAAAGAAAAAUCCCCUUUCUAGGAAUCUGCUUGGGGAUGCAAUUAGCUGUCGUUGAGUUUGCAAGAAAUAUUUUAAAAAUGACAGAUGCAAAUUCAACAGAAUUUGACCCAAAUACAAACAAUCCUGUGGUCAUUGACAUGCCGGAACAUCAUCCUGGUGACAUGGGAGGAACAAUGAGACUGGGGAGAAGAAAAACUGUGUUUAAAACAAGUGAUUCGGUCAUAAAGAAACUUUAUGAUAAUUACGAGUUUGUAGAAGAGCGACAUAGACACCGCUAUGAGGUGAAUCCAGAGCUGGUUCAUCAAUUUGAAGAAAAAGGUUUGAAGUUUGUCGGACAGGACAAUGAGGGACAGAGGAUGGAGAUUAUUGAGCUUGAAGGUCACCCAUACUUUGUUGGUGUUCAGUUCCAUCCAGAGUUCUGCUCUCGACCCAUGAAACCCUCUCCCCCUUACCUUGGCUUUAUGUUAGCUGCCUCUGGGAAGCUCAACUCCUAUGUACAGAACGGCUGUAAAUUAUCACCAAGAAAGAACAGCUACAGUGAACACAGCGACGAGAGCUCCUCUGAUAGUUAGCUGCAGGAACGAGCUGCCAUGAAAACAAGAUAUUCCUACCAUCAAAUCAAGAAGCAAUGUCCAUGAUUUGUCAUGUGGCCUAGGAUCAGUCAUUUGCAACUGGGUUUAUAGGCAUAUUGGAAUGGACUGAAUUAUCUGAAGAACCAAAACCAGUUGGUCACCUUGGAUUACCCAAGAAUUACUGGAGGACAUCAAAAAUAGAGCUGUAGAUGAAGCCACAUGUGAAAAGGGAUAGUUUGUAUCCUGCAGUUAUUCAGCCAUGAUGUGUGGUGUUUAUUUUUAAUAUUUUAUAAAUAAAAGAGUUAAGGCAGUAUGAGGUGGGAUGUCAGGACAAAACCACCCAGUAGUUUCAGGUGACAAUUCACCAGUGGGGAGAACCUAAAAAGAUGGAAAACUGUUACAUUUUAUCAUUUAAAAAGUCUUCAAAAUCCGGUCCCAGUAUAUCAGCACCGUGUAGUAUUUGUAUGUUGCGCACAGUCUAGGAAUUCUGAGUUGCGACGCCUACUUUCUCCGUAGAUAGACAAAAGCGACAAAAGUAUAGUAUUGCUAUUCAGUGCCACACAGCCCACAGUAGAACAACCCCCAGAUUGUGGGGUGCUCAGUGCCGGGGCGCUGUGUGUGUUUGGGGCACCACAUGUGAGAAACCAACUUGAUAAAGAACAGUAUGAAAGUCAUUGCUUUACAGACCAAGAACUCUCGCCCAGACUGACCCAUCGGGGACUGGACAAAACAUCAGGGAAAAUGUCUGUCUUCUUAGGUUUUUUUUUUAACAUUAUGAAUAACCAGUUUUAAAUGUAUCCUCCUCUCAGCCACAUUUGAGUCAAUUAAAGUGUCUGUGUUUUCA